CCUCUCUCGAAGCUCCGCCGCCCUACCGACCACCAUCUCCCUUCAUAUACGACGAUACGCUCCCCAAACAUGUCCUUUGCCCUCUCCCCUCCCGCGCCUCCCCCCUCCAUCGCGCCCCAUGCGCGCCUUAGUGCCGCCGCCCUCCCCCCCAUGUCAAUCCUCCGCCGCCUAGCCCCCCUCCACCUCCGCCACCCCUACCACCACCGCCGCCGACGCCUCGCCUCCGUCGCCGCCGCCGCCGCCGCCGCCGCCGUCCGCCAGGACACCGCCGUCUGGACCCCCGCCCCACUGUCCUUCGUCGAGCCCGCCGCCGAGUCCCUCUUCCACGUCACCAUCGACGUCUCCGACGCGCCCGAGCUCGCCGGCUCCCACGCGCGGCCCGGGCAGUACCUGCAGCUGCGCGUCCCCGACGCCACCAAGCCGACGUUCCUGGCCAUAGCCUCGCCGCCCUCGCUCGCGGCGGCGCGCGGGGAGUUCGAGUUCCUGGUGAAGAGCGUGGCCGGCAGCACGGCGGAGGCGCUGUGCGGGUUGAAGAGGGGGGAUGUGGUGGAGCUGAGCCAGGUCAUGGGGAAGGGUUUCGACAUCGACCGGAUCGAUCCUCCCGAGGAUUACGCUUCGGUUUUCAUCUUCGCCACGGGAUCUGGAAUCAGUCCGAUCCGAUCUCUAAUUGAGUCAGGAUUUGGUGCUGACAAGAGAACCGAUGCUAGGCUCUAUUAUGGUGCUAGAAACCUUCAGAGAAUGGCUUACCAGGAUAGGUUUAAGGAGUGGGAAUUGUCAGGUGUUAAGAUUGUACCAGUAUUAUCCCAACCAGAUGAUAGUUGGAGUGGGGAAACUGGCUAUGUACAGGCUGCAUUCAAUAGAGCCAAAAGGAAUUUUAGCCCUCAGUCGACGGGUGCUGUGCUCUGCGGUCAGAAGCAGAUGACAGAGUUCAAACUAAUGUGUCAAACUGCUUAGAGAAAGUGAGCCACCAGUUCAAGAAAGAUGGGGCGCUACUAUGGAACUAGUUGAUUUUGAUUAGUAAGUUAAUACAUGACCAUUUAAUUGAGUAUAAGUCAGCAAAGCCUCCCGCAAGGAGUAGGAAAAAUGAGAUGUUUUUCAAUUGUUGUCUGCACUGUUUUAGUCUGUAACUUGUUGGUAUCAGUCAAAGUUCUAUAUGUAAAAAGAAGAUGCUACCCUGGUUCAAUGAAGGAAAACAAAGCUCCUAACCAAGAUACUCUAGCUUUGCUUUUCUUGAAGAAAUUUUAUUUCCUGUUUAUGCUUUUCCCUGUUGAAACAUGAUUCCGCACUGAAAAAGUUAGUUCCUAGAAAACUUCGAAUUUCUCACUUGUGCAAUUGUAACCUGUUUUUGGGAGGUUCUGUACCUUGUAAUCUGGCACUGCUGGCAAUUGGAGUAGUUUUACCAUUUUAAUCACUUUAAACGGUUUCUCACUUUAAUUAAGGAUACCAUUUCCAUCUUCGUCUAGGAUUAGUGAGGUUCCCACAAUUGGAUUGGAAGACUGAAUCUUAAGAUCUUAAGAUUUUUUUAAAUUAUAAAUAUAAUUUCUACAGACAGAAUGAUCGUAAAAGUAUACAUGAUUAGACCAAAGAAUUAAACGAACUAAGUGGUGAGGUUUCAUAGCAUCAACACCAACAUUGACGGCAUAUAAUUGGAUGAGUCAAAAACUUGCACAAGUAAAUCUAUUUAUAGCACCUGAAAUUGACUUUUUCAGAAGUAAUAUUAACAGUAAGAUAAAACCUAAAAGUUUAAAUUUGUUCACAUGUAAAUUAUAUUCUCAAAUUGACAGUAGCGCUAAAAUGUAUCUACAGAUGAACUCAUGAAGAGAAUAUAAUAUCCUAAUAGCAACACUCUACUCCAAAAGACUCAAAUUUCUGUGGAAGAAAAACUUAUAUUAGCUUUUCUGAAAAGUUUCUCUGAUUAAGAAAGUUUAAGCACACACAGAUAUAUCAAAAAGUUCGUUCAUGCAGUUCUAAAGUCGGAGUCUCUUCACUUUCCGGUGCUACUGACAUUCUAAAGUGCAAUUUUGGGGGCCGAUGUUGGUGGUGCCUCUACCAUUUAUGAACAAGAAGAAAGCACGAAAAGUGAGCUUUCUUUUAGUAUGAACGGAAACUAGAAACCCUAUUUGUCCGUAGGAAGAACAGAAAGCCCUUUCCUGUGUUGAUUUUUAGAAAUUAUACAGGUAGGCAUUGGUGAACCAAUGUUCCACUAAAGCCUGAUGGGCUUAUCUUACUUCGUAGAGCCGAAAUCCCAAACAAAGUGCACCUUGCCAGCAAAAACGAUUACCAGUAAUUCAAUGUGAGGCAACUCGCAAAUUCAAUGUUUUAAGAAAUUUUUGCGAAUUACCGGUUUACCCCUGCAAAUGAUGUUCUACCGAGUUAACAUGAUUCUCAGGAUCCGAUUUGUAAGAUCAUAUCAGUUCUCAAUUUCAACUACAUUGGUUUAGAACCCUUGCCAACUUAACCCCUAAUAAUCUUGAUUUAUAAGAAGACCAGUGUAUCAAUGUCAGCCUAGUUUUCUUUUACCAGAGAGUAUGAAAGUGAAUUGACAAAUGUAAAGCCAUUAUAUUUAAUUCCAAUAGAACUUUUUCUUAACUUUUGAUCUCCAUUCCUUCUAUCCAAACACCUGGAAAAGAAUUACUUUUUUCAUGCUCACUCGCUUCGACUUUCCUUUGUUGCUUUCUUCUUCACCAAAUGCUGCCUUAAUAGAACACGUCCGUAAUGAGUGGUUACUGCCAGGACUUCAUGAAGUGGAAGAGGCAUUUUGUAGAGUUGAAAGCUGUUGCUGAUUUGCUUUCGAACCUGUUGUAUAUACAGCAGGGGCAUAUUUAAUUAGAUGCUGAUGUGAAUUGCAUCAACAGUAUGGCCGGAGUUCUUGGUUUAACUGUAUUGGCUGCUUGCAGGAUCUGGAAUGCCUAUUUAAAAUUUUGCUACUUUUUAUGUACUUACUCUUUGGGACAUUACGAUAUUGUGGGAUUUGACUCUCGGGAGAGACUUUAGACAUGAAAGGCAGUGUGCUAGAGGCUUGAGCCUUUUCAUCGAGUGCAUUUUGAGGAGUCUAGUGUGUGCCCGCUAUCUGCUGCUUUUGGCCAAUGCUCCAGUCCUGUGUCUGUUUUGGGAGAGCAACAGCUUCAAGGGUGGAUGGAAUGGAACAGCUUGUGUCGUACAUGUCUUAUAAAAACCUUUGGCGAAGGUCUGAUCCGGUGGUAGGGCAAUCCAGCCGUUUGUCUGGCUCUAUAUCCCGGGACAAGUCCCAACUUCCCCCAUUACCAUUGCCUGUUCCAGUUUACAUAUUACAGGCAGAAAAUUGAAGUUGGCGGGUGAUGAUUCAGAGAUAUAACGAAAAAAUACAUUAUGUGAAUUGCUUGGUUGUGGCAAUUUGCAUUAUUUCUUAAUGAGCAAAGUCACUACAUUUUUCUGCUUCAAUGCUAUUCCUAACGCUAGUAUGAGACUCAUCCUUGAAUUGAAAGUUCUCUUUUUGACCAUUUGCAGGAAAUCACUUCGAUUCUUGUAGCUGAUGGUGUUUCGAGUGAGAA